AUGAUUUGGUAUGUGGCCACUCUGAUAGCAAGUGUAUUCAGCACCAGAGGAACGGCCGCUCAAGGUGCCCACGGUGUGAGAGAGGAGCCCCGCUUUGUGACGGCGCGCGCUGGAGAGAGCGUGAUCCUGGGGUGUGACGUGUCCCCUCCCCUGGAUGGCCAGCAGCCUCCAUAUGUGGUGGAAUGGUUCAAGUUCGGAGUGCCUAUUCCUUUCUUCAUCAACUUUCGAUACUACCCUCCUCAUGUGGAUCCAGAGUACACAGGUCGGGCCUCUCUGCACGGGAAGGCCUCUCUGCAGAUUGACCCGGUGCGCUCCGAGGACCAGGGCUGGUACGAGUGUCGGGUCCUGAUGCUGGAGCAGCAGUAUGACACCUUCCACAACGGCAGCUGGGUGCAUCUCACUGUCAACGCCCCACCCACGUUCACAUCGACCCCCCCUCAGUAUGUGGAAGCGAAGGAGGGGGGCAACAGUGUUUUGAGCUGCUCCGCCCUGGGGAACCCCAAACCCCUGAUCAGCUGGCUGCGCGAGGGGGAGGAGCUCCAGACCACAUCCAAAUACUCCGUACAUGAUGGCAGUCUAACCAUUCUCACAAUCACAAGAGAUGACAGAGGCGCAUACACGUGUCGUGCCUACAGUGAUCAAGGAGAGGUUCUGCACACCACGCGGUUACUGGUUCAAGGACCUCCAUAUAUCGUCUCACCACCUGAAAAUGUGACCGUCAAUAUAUCCCAGAAUGCACUCUUUACGUGCCAAGCAGAGGCAUAUCCUGGCAAUCUGACUUACACCUGGUUCUGGGAAGAAGACAAUGUCUAUUUCAAAAAUGAUCUGAAGCUCCGCGUACGGAUCCUCAUUGAUGGGACACUCAUCAUCUUCCGGGUCAAGCCAGAGGAUGCUGGGAAAUAUACAUGCAGUCCCAGCAACAGCCUGGGUAUCUCCCCCUCGGCAUCGGCCUACCUGACUGUUCAGUACCCAGCCCGUGUGAUCAAUAUGCCCUCAGUCAUCUAUGUGCCAAGGAAACUUCCAGGCAUCAUUCGCUGUCCAGUGGAUGCCAACCCCCCUGUGACCUCUGUGAAGUGGGAGAAAGAUGGCUACCCUCUAAGAGUGGAGAAGUACCCUGGCUGGAGUUUGAUGACAGACGGAAGUAUCCGAGUGGCAGAGGCCACAGAGGACUCCCUGGGCACCUACACCUGUGUGCCUUAUAAUGCCCUGGGUACAAUGGGUAAAUCCCCCCAUGCCACUCUGGUGCUAAAGGAUCCCCCAUACUUUAAUGUGAGGCCUGGGGGGGAGUAUCGGCAGGAGGCGGGGAGAGAGUUAGUAAUCCCAUGUGCUGCUUCUGGAGACCCUGAUAUACCAAUUAUCACCUGGAGAAAAGUCGGCAAGCCCAGCAGGAGUAAGCACAAUGUCUUACCCAGUGGCAGCUUGCAGUUUCUGUCCCUUAGCAAAGACGACCAUGGAGAAUGGGAAUGUGUUGCCACAAAUGUGGUCACGAGCAUCACUGCCAGCACACGUAUCCUAGUGAUAGGCACCAGUCCGCAUGCACCUGGCAAUAUCCAUGUGUUUCCAUUAACAACAUCAGCUAACGUCUCCUGGGAACCGGGUUAUGAUGGGGGCUUUGAACAGACAUUUUCUGUGUGGUAUGGCCCGGUGACAAAGAAAACAGAUUUUGGGCCUCAUGACUGGCACUCGAUGCCCGUGUCUGGUGCUCAGACCUGGUUGCUGGUUCCCGGGUUGGAGCCUGGGACUGAGUACCAGUUCAGUGUGCUGGCGCAGAACAAAUUAGGCACUGGGCCUUUCAGUGAAGUAGUAACAGUUUCCACUGCAGGCUCUCCUCUGGGCACCCCAGAACCUCUGGUGCUUCUUACUCCACCACGGUGCCUCACAGCCAACCGUACUCAGCAAGGGGUACUCCUCACGUGGCUCCCACCAGCCAACCACUCUUCCCCCGUUGACCGCUACAUCAUGGAGUUUCGCCUUGGAGAGAAGUGGGAAGUCCUGGACGACUUGAUCUCUUCCACAGAGACUGAGCUGAUAGCCAGAGAUCUUGUUCAGGAAGCGUGGUAUGAAUUUCGAGUGAUGGCUGUCAUGGACGAUCUGAUCAGUGAGAGCAGUAAUGUCGUUGGAGUGUCGAGUACGGAUCCGUUUCCCCAUGCAGAGUUGACUGAUGAGGGCCUGGCUCGGCCUGUGGUGGCGGGUGUUGUGGCAACUAUCUGCUUUCUGGCAGCAGCUGUACUGUUUAGCACUCUAGCAGCUUGCUUUGUAAACAAGCAACAUCGUCGCAAGCUAAAGCGUAAACCAGAUCCCCCUUUGUCUGUGACACACUUCAGGAAAAGCAUAGAUUCACCGUUAUCAUCUGGGAAGAUUAGUCCAGAGAGUUCCCCUCCAUCUCGGCCCCGUUCUCUCUCUUCAGAUGGAUCCCAUGGUCCUGGCCUGUAUGUCCGCAAGUUGCCUAGCCCUCAAAGAGAAAAAGAAAAAGAGCUUUCCUUCUAUAAGAAAACAAAGCGGGCCAUAGCCAGCAAGAAAUACAGCGUGUCUAAACAUGAGGCAGAGGUCACUACUCCAAUAGAGCUGAUAAGCCGGGGUCCUGAUGGCCGCUUUGUAAUGGAGAGUCCCCCACAUCGGCGCAUCCAGGGCUUCCCCUUUGCAGAGGAGUCGGACAUGUACCCGGAGUUCCGCCAGUCAGAUGAGGAAAAUGAUUUUGACCCUGGGCCACUGCCACCCAUCAUGCCCACUCUGAGGCCUCAGCUCUCCCCAACAUCCUCAAGUCUGGAGUCCAUGCAGCCCCCCAACUACAGCCCCCGGCUGCACAGGCCCAUGGAAGGUAUGAGCUUUGGAGAGGGCAGUGCACUUCACGCUUCAGGGCAGGCUCCAGCCUCCCGCUACAGGGGCUUCCCCCAGGGACCUUUCUAUGGGUAUCUAGGCAGCCGUGGGGAUUCAGGGAUCCCACCACCAUUCUACAUGCCAGAUAUGAGCCCACGCAGCUCUGCUUUGUCCUCGCCUCCGGGCAUCGGCGAGGGGCCCUUUGGUUACCCCUCCAUCCCUGAGGAGAGUGAAGGGCUGGAGCAUCAUCAGUACACUGCCUCUGGCCAUUCUCUAUCACACACUCACAGUCCUCCUCACUCACCUGAGAGCUGGCAGCCUCACGAGCUGCCUUUCCUGGGCCUAGAGGCUUCUCGCUUCAUGUACCCUCACCACACCCUGCACCACGCCCAGGAUCUCCCUGAGCCGCCACCAUAUCCACCAGGCCGCUUGCACUUGCCUCCCCUCAAGGACCCAACCAGCACUGGACUUCUGCAGCUGGAGGUCCCUAUGGCUCCCCCCGGCAGAGACCGGUCCAUAGGACCCUUGGGGCCCCUGGGGCCUCCCAUGAGGCGUCUAACUAUGCAACAAGCCCAGAGUGUCGGCCAGCUCAGACACACGGCCCACGGUGUGGGUGUACCAGUGUUGCCUUACUCUGACCCGGCGGCCCGCGUAGGGAGCCCAAGCACAGCCCCAAGUAGUAGCCCUCAGUCAUGGCUGAGCCCACGGGCGGGACGCCGGGCAGAUCCAAGUCUACCCCCUUUAGUACUUCAACCGUCCCGACUUUCUCCUCUGUCCCAAAGCCCCUUAAGCACCCAGCCUGGUUCCCCAGACAUUUUAGUGCGCCCCCCACCCCGUCCCACCAUCCUGCGCACCUCCCGCUCUCUGGAGAUGCCUGAGAUCACUCUUCAGCCCUCAGCUACAGUCUCCUUCACACGGAGGUCCUCCCUUACAGCCUCACCCACGCAGGUCCAGGCCAGACACCCCAGCCCCAGUUUCCAUGCUCACAUGUCGUACGCCUCCACUGCAGCCAGUUAUCCAUCCCAGUCCCCCUCUCCCCCUUCUGAGGGCAGGGAUGUGUUCGGGCAGAGGCCGUCCCAAAGACGGACAGAGGAGGAGAUGCUGCCCUCAGAGCCCUCUCAGCUCCAUGUUACAGCCUCAGGGGAACCUCUAGGUGCGUCUGCGGAUCCUGCCGGCUCUGAGAGUUUACCAGCACUGCUACACCACUGCAUCACUAAAACUAAGGGAGCAGCUGCUAACAAUAAUAACAACAUAAACUCCACAGGGAAAACAGGUGUGGCAUCCUCUCAGAUCCAGCAGCUUUCUCAGAGACAACCAGAGGAACCGGACCUCCACUUCCACAGAAAGAUGAAACGACAGAAUAAGACCCCCUAUGAGUAUUUGGCCGCACUCCUGCACCGCAAGCCGUCUGAGGAGGAUCAGACAGGCAUCCUGGCCAGUGCAGACUCAGAGGGCCUCAACUACGGGACUCUCCACUGA